GAAAGAAAUCAACAUGGACGUCGCGGAUAGAACGACUGGAGGUGCUCAUCUUCGUGAUCAGUUAGCUGAACGAUGUCAAAAACUGUUUCAGGAGUUUCUUGAAGAGUAAGUUGCCGUAAAACAGUUACUGUGUUGCGUUUAAAUGAUACCAUGUGUUAGCAAUCUUUAAUAUUGGAUCGGUUUGAUAUAUUUUAUAGCUUUAAUAGCAUAUUUUUGUUGUGAGAUAUACAUGUAUGUGAAACGCAGUUGUACAAUCUUUGAACAAUAUGGUUUUAUAUAUAGUAGAAUUAUUCUUUAGCAGUUGAAGAUAUUUCAUGUUUAACUGAAUAUUGUGUCCCGAAUAAUAUCUUCAAUUAUUGAGUUUAAAUGCCAAAAUAUGACAACAAACACUGCCUGGUGGACAUGAGCACCCAAAUGACCAAUAGGGGAAAUAUAGAUAAAUGGGUAGAUAUAGCAGCCCUCUGACUACCCACAGAGGAAGUUGGAAGUCAACCCCCUUUGGAUGUCCUAACACAUUACUAUUAGCAGAAACAAAUUGGGUCAUUCCAGAAAAGAUCCACACUCCCCCCACAGAGGAAAUUUCUGCCGUCCGGAGGGGGAGGGGAGAAAAAAUUGUUUUUGAUAAUAGUAAGUGUAUUAGGACAUCCAAAGGGGGUAGGGGCGUUAACUUCCAAUUUCCUCUGUGGGGGAGGUAUAUGGAUGUUUUCUGGAAUGACCCAUUUUUUUCUCCCUACCCCCUCUGGACGGCAGAAGAGAUGGAAGAGAGUCUCUGUGAGGGAGGGAGUGUAGAUCUUUUAAAGCCGGUUUCCAUUAAUACAUCCGCUUUAAUAAUGUGGAAAGCGUCAUCAACAAGAAUCUCAGUUGAAAUACCGUACUACAGUACCGCUCGCAUAUAUCUUAACAUACGAUACGCGUGUCAUACGCGUAUCGUAUGUUAAGAUAUAUGCGAGCGGUACGCGUAUCAUAGAAUACGCGUAUCAUACGAAUAUGCGUAUCGUACGAAUACGCGUAUCUUACGAAUACACGUACCAUACGAACGUGCGUAUCAUACGAAUACGCAUUCAUUAAAAACAAAUAUUAGGGCGCUAUAAAAGACGUGUUUUAUAGCGCCCUGCAAAUACGCAUAUCAUAUACGCACUAUUAUAAUUCGCGUAUAUUAAUUCCGAAACAGGUAUACUGUAGAUACACUUAUAUUGGGAGUUCUAAACUGAGCUACAAUACAAUACUCAAUGAGCAUCAAUCUACUGUAUAGUUGGAUUUUAGAUGCUGAUAAUAAUAAUAAUUGUUGAUUAAAUAACUUGGGCCACCACCUGUUUCGUGAACAUUACUUUCAGACUGUUUGUAGAUACGCGUUUGGACAAUUUAGUUUUUGAAAGUUAAUAAAACAGCCAAUGAAAGCAAAUUUUAAACGAUAUGUAGACCAAAUAACUGAAAAUGUUAUAGCGCUUCUAAAUAUUUGAAAAAUUUAAACUAGGAUCAAAGUUUAAUAUCGUUCAAUGAAAAUCGAAAAAUCGCGUCGCGUUGUUGAAUCGUGUCCGGUGUGUAUGGACCUUUAAGCGGCAGCGUAAUCGGCUCUAUAUUGUAUCGAAGAGAGCACUUACUACCUGAAUAGAGUUUUGUAUAACGUAUAUCAUUUUCAAUUAUCAUACGCGUAUAUGCAAGUAUCAAAUGUAGUUUUGAACGUAGUCGAUAGCAUACGCAUACGCGUAUUCAUAUGCUACGCGUAUUCGUUGAUACGCUACGCGUAUUCAUAUGAUACGCUACGCGUAUGAUACACGCGUAUCAUACGCAAAAAAGUGUUAAGAUAUACGCGAACGGUACUGUAGUUGAAAUACAGUAUUACAGCAGCUGAUUUGUGCAUACGCAUACGCGUAUUCAUAUGCUACGCGUAUUCAUAUGAUACGCUACGCGUAUGAUACGCGUAUCAUACGCAAAAAAGUGUUAAGAUAUACGCGAACGGUACUGUAGUUGAAAUACAGUAUUACAGCAGCUGAUUUGUAUGGCAGUUACAAUGGCAUAUCAAAACUGUAUCCAUAUGAUACGCUACGCGUAUGAUACGCGUAUCAUACGCAAAAAAGUGUUAAGAUAUACGCGAACGGUACUGUAGUUGAAAUACAGUAUUACAGCAGCUGAUUUGUAUGGCAGUUACAAUGGCAUAUCAAAACUGUAUCUCAAGCUGUUUUCCAUUUGCAGUUUCAAGGUUGAUGGCGAGAACAAAUAUAUGAAUGAGAUUCAAGAACUUAUUCAACCAGAAAGAAAUACCCUGGCUGUUAGUUUUAAUGACAUUGAAAGUCACAACUCAAAACUAAGUACAAUCAUUCAAGAGGAAUACUACAGGUACUGGUAUAUAUACAUUCAGAAUAUGUUACAGGUAGAGUAUUAUGGUCAAGCAUUUACAAAUUGAGUCCAAUAUACUGUAGUCCAAAAAAACGUGGUCUGACAAAACGUCAAAAAAGGAACUAUAAAAAGUUGCUUAUUUUGCUUACAGUGCUGUAAAAGUUAUUUAUUCUUUGGAACUAGUUAUAGUGUUACAGUUACAGUAUAUGCUUAAAAAAGGAACUGUAAAAGUUAACAUAUAACGUUACGUAGCUAGUUACCGACAUAUGUAACUAGUUUGGAAAGCGAGUCAUUGCUUAUUUUGCUUACAGUGCUGUAAAAGUUAUUUAUUCUUUGGAACUAGUUAUAGUGUUACAGUUACAGUAUAUGCUCAAAAAAGGAACUGUAAAAGUUACACAUAAAAAAAAAUGUAGCUAGUUACCGACAUAUGUAACUAGUUUGGAAAGCGAGUCAUUGUAUAGUGAAUCAACCACAUUAACAUAAUAAAAGUUGGUAAUGUAAAGAAAAUAGCAAAUACUAUCAUUACGAAAAAAUUAUUUUUUCAUUCCAUUUUACUGUCGUUCCAAUUGAAGUGUUGCUCAAAUAUUGAUUCAAUACAUUACCUCAGGCUGACCAAUUCAUUUCAUCAAGUUCCUCGAGAUAUUCAUACACUUCCUGUGAAAGAGCUAAUUCCAAGUAUUUGAUCAUUUCUGGUCACUUCCUUUCUAUUUAUGAUUGGUUAGUUGCACAAACAACAAAGGUGAUUGGUGCAUUCAAACUAUUCAACAGGAAGUUUACAAUUAUACUAGGAAGUGUAUGAAUAUCUCGAGGAACUUGAUCAAAUGAAUUGGUCAGCCCGAGGUAAUGUAUUGAAUCAAUAUUUGAGCAACACUUCAAUUGGAACGACAGUAAGCCAAAAUGUAAUUAGUUAUAGUCUAGGCCCUCUGCUCGUCUUCCUUUGGGGUGGGGGGGUGGGGGUUUGAGCAACAAAAAAUCUACCUGAUUUUUACUUAGUUCAUAAUUUUACCUGAAAAUAUCUAACUUUUUAACCACUAGAUUAAAAUUAAUAUUUCUUUUCCCAAGAUUGUUGCGAGGGGGGGGGGGGCGGGUUAAAAAAUUUUCUGGACAUUAGAUUUUUCAUUCUCUCAAAUAUUGUAGUAUUGGCCCUGAUGCAUUACCUGAAAUACAUUAUUCACAAUUAUUGGGGGUGACACGACCCCCCCCCCCUAUAUGGCCCUGAUUAAUGUUGCAUUUACCUCUUUUCAAAAUGUAAUAUAACUAUAGUAACAAUUACUUGUCAUGUUGUUACUUGUAAUGAAGUUACUUACAGCACUGUAGGUCAGAUAUGAUUGAACAUUAAUUAUUUCUAGCGCUCAAAAGAAAAAGUUGUGUAGUACAUGCAUGAGUACAGUACGAGUAGGAGUGAGAAAUUUUUGUUGGGAGAUGCAGCCCUCUCAGUGAUUUGCUCAGAAAAUGAUUGUUCAGAUUUUACACUAUGAGCAAUAUUUUCUUGUGAACUCCUUUUACUGUACAUGUAUAACUAAGUUUUUAAUUCAAAAAUUUCUUGAAAGGGAAUUGUUGACAACAAAUAAUAUAUUAUUUUAUAAGAAAAAUUAUCAAGUUGCGAUAAUUCAUGUACUUGCAUACUGGACUUCCAGAGGUUACUUCUGUGCCAAUAUUCACAGGAAAAAUUUUCAAAAUUCCAUUAAUGGAUUUGAAAGUGUGAAAUAAUACAUUUGCCAUUAAGAAUUCCCAUCAAUGGGUAAGGCGAAUAAUUUACAUCAAUGGUUUUCAUUAUCAUAAUCGUUAAUGGUUUUAAGUACUUAUAACCAUUAAUGUAAAAAGGAAAAUAUCACAAAUUCUAUGAAUGGGUAAUGGCUUAAAAAUAUCAUUGUAAUUACUCUUUUCCCACAAAUGAUAUGAAUGGUUUAUGUCCAUAUUACAUUACAGUUAUUAUGCUUUUUCCAUGAAUAAUAUGAGUGGGUUAUAUCCAUAUUACAUCAUGGUAAUUAUUCAUUUUCCAUGAAUGAUAUGAAUGGAUUAUAUCCAUAUUACACCAUGGGUUUUUUUGCUGAAUGCAUUAAUGGUAAACAUGGGCAAAAGAUUUGUCAAUCAAUUUCCCAUCUAUAUUGUUUUUCGUUUACAGUAAUUUUUUCUCCCAUUAAUGGAAUUUAUUGAUAUUCCACUAUGGAAUUAACGUUAACCAUGAAUGGGUUUCACACAUACCAAAUGAUUAACCAUUAGCGUGUAUUACAAUAACCACUUUGGCACUUUUAAUAUCAUGGGUUUUUUGCUGAAUACAUUAAUGGUAAAGUGGACAAAUGAUUUGCAAAUCAUUUUCCCAUCUAUGGUUUUCAACAAUUUCAAUGGGUUUAGAAGAAAAUCCAUUUUCCAAUGAUAAACCAUCAAUGGUUUUUCCUCUUCUUUUCUAUCCUUUUAUUAAUGGUAUUUUUUAUGAAUGGUAUUUACUGAUAUUCCAUUAUGAUAUCAACAUUUACCAUUAAUGGAAUUUUGAAAUUUUUCCCUGUGAUUUAUACAGUCUCGUACGUCAUUUAUUUUCAGCCAAAAACCGGUAGGUACCCUCAUUAGACAUAUACUGUAUGCACUCUUGCUACAGUAUAUGCAUAUUUACAUUAUGCUUGUAAUACAACCAGCAAACUUUCCAAGGUAUGGAAAACAUACCAUCAUUUUACCAGUGCAAGUACACAUUAUCACACAUACCCUGAUCAUGUAUAUAUGGUUUAUUCAACAAGCAAUACCAGUAUAACAGUGAAGAGAAAAACAAAUGGUGGUUUGCUAUUUGGUUUACAAACACUGCCAUAGACAGUAAUAUAUAACCCCCAAUCCAAUAUGCAAAAUAUUAUCAUAUAAUACAACCUAGAACACUGAAAAAACUUGUUUCUUGUGACAUUCAGAAUACUAUUGUUUAUAGAGUGUACCAAUACUUAUGCAAUGCUGUAAGAAACUUCACCCAUGACAGAUUCUCCAGUGACACAGGACAAAUACCUCCUGGGAAAGAUUUUUAUGUCAGCAUUACAGAAUUGCCAACCAGACACAAGUAAGUAAAUGAAUGAAAGAGAAAAUGAUCAACCAUAUUAGAACUCUGUAAAUUUUGCAAAUAUUUGAAGCAACCAAAAAUCCUUAAAAUCCACACUUGUCUAGACGACUAAGUUGUUAAUUCACCUCUAUAUUUGUACUGUUUGCUGCCAAAUACUUAUUUGUAAUUGGGAUAAGACAUAAUUUUCCUAUACUGUAACUGAAUACAUUUUACCCAUUGUAGAGCUAGCACAUACAUACUCUCCCCUUGACAAGUAAAAUCAUCUGGCGUUAGAGAGAAUAAAAUAAUAAAGUAGGACACAAUCUAACAUAAUGGGUUAACUAUAGACAUAUGGACAGAUAGUCUGAUUAACCCAUUGAGCAACAGAGUUUUCCCCUUGACAAGUAAAAUUGUCUGGCGUUAGAGAGGAUAAAAUAAUAAAGUAGGGCACAACCCAGCUUAAUGGGUUAACUAUAGACACAUGGGCAGAUACUGUACAGUGUAGGCUGAUUAACCCAUUGAUCACCAGAGUUUUCCCCUUGACAAGUAAAAUUGUCUGGCAUUAGAGAUGAUAAAAUGUUAUAAAGUAGUACGCAUUAGGGCACAAUGCAACCAAUGGGUUAAAGUUGAACCCCAUGUAAAACACUUAACUGAAAUCAACCUAUUUCAAUUAUUUUCCUUAAACAAAUCUAAUAUUGUUUUUUUCAAAUAUAAAGUAUAGGUUGUUGUAUGUGGCAGUGCCAUUCACCCCCUGUGACCUGAGUUUGCUUCUUACAGUUGUCUAUAGUUUCAGUCAUAUAUGAAUACUUAGACAUGCUUUUCCUGGCAACUUCACUUUCCUCCUGAGUCUCCUGUAAUAUAACACAUUACAGUAGAGUUAAAACAGAUAAAACUAUCCAAUGUAACUAUGUAAGUAAAAUAAGCUUACUUAAGCUUACUGUACAGUAGGUCAGUUUGAAUUACACAGAUUAAUACAGUAAGUUAUAUACUACUGUAUUUACACAAGAUGUGAGGAAAGAGGCCAGGGCCUAGGGAGAAGUAAAAGGUAAACCAGAAGCAACGGAAUGAACCUUGAUUUUCUGUUUUGGAUCAUGGUAGAAUUCCUUUGCUUGGACUUGGUGCAGGAUCCUAAUAUAAAUACUUGUAGGAUCUUGUUACUGUUAUUGUCAUGCAACAAUCUUGCAAAAAAAGAAAAAGAAGUUCAUUAGGACGGAGUGAGAUGAAGAAGAUGUCAAUAAUCACAAUAAUUGAAUGAUUUUAAAUAGAAAUAAUCCUGUUGACUAUAAAUUGAGUGCAUUAAUUGAUCGUUAUCACACACGAUUUGACAUACGGAAGAUCCCAAAACACACAUGUUCUUCUGUUUUCUUCGCUGGAUGAAAAUUCAACGAAAACCAUGCUGCGUGGAAUGUGUCCGUGAUCCGUUUCUUGAGUGCAUUAAUUGAUCGUUAUCACGAAGCAAAAUUUCGAGUAGUUUGAAGGAUAUUCUGUUAGAUGUGGAUUACAAUAAAUUCAUAAUAGAGCGAUCUCAUCUCACCACGUCAUGGUGAAAUGAUGGAAGAAGCACUUCCGAGUUCCGAUUUUCCAAACGUUUCGAACACACUUGGUUUAAUAUAAAUCCAAGACUAUUAAUCACACUAAAUCAAUAAAGAAAGACUAUAAUUCAUAAAAAAGACUACGGAAAACAUCCAUUCACAAGUUACAUUGUACAAUAUACUCAGUAUGAAUUUCUUGGUUGGUGCGCGAUUCUUGUCAAACAGAGAUGAAAAUAUUGUAGAUUGCAAUCAGUUGCAGAUUUAUGAGCAAGAUUAACAACGAUGGAUUCGACACAAUGAUGGAUUCGGCCCAUGAAUAAUUGUCAUUAUUUAUUACAUAGAAUUCGUGAGCUGACGUCACAGAAGAUUGGAACAUUACUCCGUAUCACAGGUCAAGUUGUGAGAACGCACCCAGUGCAUCCAGAACUCGUCAGUGGAACAUUCGUAUGUCUUGAUUGUCAGACGGUUGUCAAAGAUGUUGAACAGCAAUUUAAAUACACCCAGGUACUGUCAGGACCGCUCAUAUAUUUGUUUUCUCACUUGCUAAAACAACGAAAAAUUUGUGGUUUUGAGUGAGUAACGUUAAGAUUGGUUAAGACUUUAAAAAGGGGUUUUUAUGCGGGAUGCAGCUGGAGGAAUUUGAAGGCGAGGAGAGGAGCGUCCACCCACUUGAAACUCCCCCCGUCCGCAUUUUCACGCAUCCUUUAAAACAACCAAACAAGGACCGUUUUGAGAGGCAGAGGACUUCAAAAUAUGUGUUACCAGGUUUACUAUACCAACUGCAUUUUUUAACUUCAUUACUCUGCAUGCACUUCUAAAUCUGUAUUUUUCAUUGCAUUCAUAACAUUUAUCCAUUGCAUUGACAAGAGAAUAGCUAGAAGUACAGUAAAAUGGAGAAGGACGUUUUUGUUACAAAAUUCCUUUGAUUUUUCCUAACCCGCAUUCAUCAAAAUCUUGUCAAUUUAGCGUCUUUUUUCUAAUGACACAUCUCUUUUCAACAAGAACUGCAUCCAUUCUUAUUUGCUACAGUAAAUAAGCUUAGCUAAUUACCAAUUAGCGAAGUAAAAGUUGGAUAAAACGAUGAUACUCGUAUAGUAAAAUGUUUCUUUAACCCUCCUACUUUCUUGCCUACUUUCUUCUGUAAUAUGAUUCUACAUACUUACUGUAAUGAUUCUGAAAAUCCUGCGACAUUAUCCAUGUACAGGGCAAAAUAUACACGUACGGCCUAUACACGUUUGGGUUUAUUGCCUGCAGCAGUAUACUGUAACUACAUACAUAACGUUUUCUUGCACUUUUAACAGCCGACUGUGUGCAGAAAUCCUGUUUGUCAAAACAGAUUACGCUUCAUGCUGGAUGUAAAUAAGUCAAAGUUUGUAGAUUUCCAGAAAGUGAGAAUUCAAGAAACUCAAGCUGAAUUGCCACGUGGUUGUAUACCCAGAAGGUAUUGUCUACAGCAAAGAUGCAGUAGAGUCAACGUAUAAAUAUGUAUUUCGCAUACGUAGUAUGGCUUUAUUAUACUUUAAUAGUGCUUGAUUUAGCGGUUUAUUAAAUCUCAGUCGUGAAAACUUCAUACUUGGUUAUUGCCUUUUUGUAUCAACAAUACUCGUUUUGACGAAAACGCGUUCCAUUUCCUAAAUAAUGGUACAAUGACCAAUGUAUGAAAAUGUCUCCAAAUGGUGGUUCUGUAACUUAAUAUUUUUAAAAGAACAUGAAAAUUUAUUUAGCCCCCAGCCUUUAUUUAGCCCCCCUUUCUAACUAUCCUCCAGUCCAGAACCACUGGAAAAAAUAAGCCCCCGGAGGGCUAUAUGUACAGGUAAAUACCUGUACAUAUAGCCCUCCGGGGGCCUAUUUUAUGUACGUGGUUGAAUUGUGACGUUUCAUUUUGUACCUCUGUCGUCGCAACGGUGUAUUUUGUUGCUUUUAUGCAGCUUGGAAAUUGUUUUGAGGGCGGAAACAGUCGAGCAGGCACAAGCUGGUGACAAAUGUGAUUUUAUAGGAACGUUGAUCGUUGUUCCGGAUGUUUCAAAAUUACAAAUGCCAGGUAACUUUGAAUAGUAAAAUUAGUCAUAUUUAUGAAACAUUACUCUGUUUUCAUAUUUUUAUAGAAGACACUGUAGGGAUUUAUGUGACAAUAAUCUAUUCUGCGCUACAAUAACUAUUAUAGCAACAUUUCUCUUUGACCAAUCAGUAAAAAAGAUAUUAUUUUAACAAGAUAAUCACCCUUACGCUAUAUAAACUGCAUGUUCAUGUAUAUAUAUGUAUUUUGUGGAGGUAGCCAGUCUUUGAAAUUUGAAUGGAGUAGGAAUAUGAUCUAGGGACCAUCGAUUGAACCAAAACUAGUGGCCUGGGAACGAGAAUGCAUCCUGAAAUCAAAUUCCAUAGGUGUACGAGUCGGACAAAUCCUGCCCUAACAGCUUUUGAAUUUAGCUCAAUAUUUUUAGACCAUUUUUGGAGCUGACACCAUUUACUGCAGCUUUAGAUAAUAGCUAACUGCACUUCCUCCACAUGGAUUGCUGCAUGCAUGAAUUUUGACCUUUGAAUUUCGAGGGUCUGGAGCAAGCCCCUAUGGAGAUAAUGUCGCUGUAUGACUCUCUAACUUUUGCAGCCAUGAGAUGUACAUAUAGAAAAUGAUUUCAUCAUUAGCAUUCACUAACUUUGUAAAGUCAUGCACAUUAACUGAUAUAUUGAUAUUACACAUCAGGUGCUCGUGCUGAAACAUCUGAAAGACAAACUGGAGAGGGUUAUAACACUGAUGGUAUAAGGUAAUCUUAAUGCCCGCCAUAGGCCUUCUGCCAUUGUUUCUAAGUCCACAAAUGUUAAUAGAUAGAUACUGUAGUGUAUAUGUGCAUGCAUUGGAAGGUUUUCAAGGGAGUAAACCGCCCAGGGCCGGUUGUUCAAAGCUGGAUUAGCGCUAACCCUGGGUUAAAAUUUAACCUGCUGUUUUGGUUUGAGUACAUUUGCACUUCUGUUUAUUUCAAAAUUGAAUAAAACUUCUAUUGAUCCAGACAUGAAUUGUGGAAAACUAUCUUCGUGUUUCUAAACAUGCAGGUUGUUGCAGGAAAGAUUGCUUUUUGAUUUUCGUUAACCUAGGAUUAAGCUAACCAGCUUUUUAAUGAGUAUAACUACAUUUAACAAGUAUAACUACAUCGGUAAUUAAAAGGUUGUAUUAUCCUAAUUUUUGACAUUUUCAAAAACAGUAGUUCAAACAUCAAUAGCGCUGUCAAUAUUUUAUGUAAAUUCAAGUGCUAUAUAUCAAAAUCUAAGUUAGUCCUUUCUGAAUGCAAUGAUCGAUAUUUCAUUGCGAUAGCUUUUAUAGCUGUUAAUUAGUUACAUGAAAUCAAAAAGUGUCCAGUUUUUUCGGGGACACCCGGUAGUUGUUUUCUGAAACCCCGAAUUGGCAAAAUUAGUAUCGACAGUAUGUAAGUAUUUUUUCACCGAGAAAUUAAUUUACGUUAAAGUACCUAGACUUCUAACUAUAGACCUCCUACUGCUCGUAUACCUUUAUAGACUUUGCAUGCUCUUUACGCUCUGCUGAUAUUCUCUUUUCCCAAUGUGUUGCUGCAUGUAGAGGCCUGAAAGCUCUUGGUGUUCGAGAUCUCUCGUACAGGUUGGCAUUUCUGGCCUGCAGUGUUGAAUCUACUAAUCCCAGGGUAUGUUAUGGAAUUCUAUCGUUUAGUUAUGAGCUUGAGCUAUUGGGGUGGGAAUGAAAAUCUAGUUUUUUUUACAGCCGGGAAUGGUUUUUUAAGCCAUCUUAAGAAAUGAAGUUGGACUACAGGAUUGGAAACAUACAAUAUAUUAGGGACGUUUAGCUAACAGGACGCCGACGGCUACUAAUACAGUGAAAUUUAUGAUAUAUAGUGUGGAAAAGAAAUGAAAUUAUAAAAAUCCUGAGAAGUGGAAUUCCGAAAACUUGGUCUGACAAUACAUCAUGCAGACCAAACCAUGUUUUGGGCGGACAUGAUCAUGCAGGCACUAUUUAUUCAUUGACUCAAAUGCGAAAAUUUGUACAUUACAUUGUAUUGAAAUUAUUUCCAUUGCAUACGAAAUUUGUUCUUACCAAUAUUACGGAGUUGAAUUGCCAAAUCAUAGUUAAAAUAGUAAAUUCUAACUAAGCAAUCCACCCCUCCCCCCUGGACUCCCUGAGUAAAAUUUAUGUUUUUGUAAACAGUUUGGUGGUAAAGAUCUUGAUGGUGAUAUGACCGCUGAGAUGAUUAAAAAACAAAUGACCGACCAUGAAUGGGAGACUAUUUAUAAAAUGACAAAAGACAAAAAUUUGUAUCAAAACUUAAUAAGCAGCAUAUUCCCUACCAUUCACGGUAAGAACAAUCCUAUUUUUUAUUUCUUUAUCAUAUACAGUAAUGAUUAGAGUGUGGAUUAUAACGGUCGGCAAUCAGCCAUUUGCCGAACAAAAACACUGAGUGACCGAUUAAUUUACUAUACCAGUAAUAAACAUGGGAAAUGUAAGGCAUCUUAUAAUUUAUUUAAAUAAGACCAGAAUCUUAUAAUUUCUACAGUUUCUGCUAUAGUAUUUUUCUAUGUAAUGUUAAAGGUAACGAUGAAGUUAAACGUGGGAUAUUGUUGAUGUUAUUUGGUGGCGUUCCUAAAGUAACUCGCGAAGGAACAACUCUCCGUGGAGAUGUUAAUGUGUGUGUAGUCGGUGAUCCCAGUACUGCUAAAAGUCAAUUCUUAAAGUAAGUCACUAUACUGUAAGUUCAGUCACAAAUAUGAUAGGUGAUGUUCGCUGUGUUAUGUGCAGUGCGGUGUAUUACGGUUUGACUUGAAGUGGUUUGGUAUGGUAAUAUGUCGUAUAUGCAUGGUGUCUGUGUCGUAUAUGCAUGGUAUAUGGUUGGUAAUGUAUGCAUGUAUUGUACAUAUGUAUCAGUGUAUUUAAGAAUUACUGUACGAUUCAUCCAAUAUUGCUCUUCAUUACAUUGUACAAAGUUUAUUUCGAAAUAUUCCACUAAAAGAGCACUGACUUGAUCAUACAGAGAUGAUUAAUAGUUAUCAGUUUUUGAGGUGCAAAAGGUCUCAGGGCCAUGCACACCAUGCCAUACAAUACUUAAAAUACCAUGCAUACCAUACUAUAUAUCAAACCAUAUCAUACCUCGUGUAGUUGACUUUAAUAGGGGCUACAUUCUAAGUCCUAACAAUCCAUGGGGGCCGUGGGCUAAACGCUGCACCUCCCCUAAAUAUACUGUAUAUUUCCACCUGCCCCCAGCAUUUCCACCAAAAUCCGGCCUUGAUGGUCUCUAAUUGAAUGUUAAAGAAAUGUGUGAAGUGGUGUGGUAGAAUGUGUUGGGAUGACCAUGAACCUAUACUCUCAUACAGUAGUCACGCUUUAUGCGCUGAGCUACUGUACUAACCAGCUUGCUGAAGACCUUAGCAAUUAUUUUAAAUAUUGUUAAUAUGCUUUUUUAUAAUAACUGCCUGGUGGCAUUUAAUCACUUUAAUGAUACCUAUUUUUGUUGUGCUAUGUGAUGUGAUAUGACGUGAUAAUGUGUGAUAAUAUUUUGGUGUAGGUAUUGCAAACGAACGUCUAAUGUAAAAUUUGCCAAUCUUUGUUUCCAGGCAAGUGGAAGAGUUCAGUCCCAGAGCUGUAUAUACGUCAGGCAAGGCGUCCAGUGCUGCAGGUUUGACCGCCGCUGUUGUUAAAGAUGAAGAAUCACAUGAAUUUGUUAUUGAAGCUGGAGCCCUCAUGUUGGCUGAUAAUG